GCUUCAGGCGGUGCCUAUGAUGUGUUUUGCGUGCACAGUAUAAAGUGGCCAGAAUCCCAUCUUACGUCAGAAUGAUAGUAGUGCAACUUGGAACUAUGGGCCUAGUUCAAGAACAAUGUCAGCUGUUCCAGACAGUGGCUACUACAACAUACUGGGACAGAAUCAACAGCACGCUAGAUACCGACAGAAUCAGCAGCCCCCACAACAGUAUGGAGGUUUGGGGUAUCCAAAUAUUUAUAAUACAGAAUUGAGGAUUACAAGAGAACAGCAGCUGCAAAGCCUCAGUGAUUUGAGUCUAAGUGGAUCUCAAGGUCCUUCAAGUGUGCAAUCGACAAAUCAGAUUUGGCGGCCCGGCUACUAACACCAUGAUGAUGCAGUUCUUUUUUCCUGUAUUUUUUUCAGCAGGUAUUGUAGUGAGUUUGAUAGUGGGGAAUUAGGUGUUAAUUAGAGUUUCAUCAAAUAUUUCCUUUCGAGGAUUGCCAAUGUCCCAUUGUACAUACUCCAAAAUUGUGUUUGCCGUGUCCCUGUAGCCUGAUCUCUGUGGUUAGGGUUAGAUAGGUAGCUUGCUAACUAGUUUGUUCAUUGUGCAAGGGGCUUUUGACUGGACAGUGGAGAAUUUAAUAGAAGGAACAAAAAAAAUCAACUUAGUGGAAUGCAUCCAUUUCUUAUUAUUAGGCUUUUACAGUUAAUCAAUGUUUUAACCCUAUUAUUUGAACUUAUAAAAUAUGGUGUGUGGUGGUGGCCUCUGCUCCACAAACUCUAAAUAUGUUGGGAGAAUAUUUAUAUGCUAUAUGGGUAUCUGUUAAGGGGGGCAAUUAACAUGAGGUGUCAGAUGGGAAGUAGGCAAAAAGAAGAAUGUAAAUUAUAAGGUUGGUACCACUUAAUCACCACCUAUACACCCCAAUCAUUCUUUUGAGUUUGGAGAGUAAAAUUAUUUACAACAAUCCAUUACUUAAACCAUCUCACUGGAUGCUGUUCAAACGGAUUUUUAGGCAUUGAGAACAAGGACAAGAAUGGCAGGAGGUACCCCUGGUGUUGUGUCCAAAACUAGUCUGAAUAGAAGCCAAGAAUUUGAGAAGGGUAGUAAUCACAGGACAACAAAUAUUGAUGCAAUGCUGAUGGCUCCCAAGUUGUCAAAGGUGGUGCAACCAACAGAGGGUGAAACAGCUAGGCGGCCUCGGGGGAGGCCAGCCGGGUCUAAAAACAAGCCAAAGCCUCCUAUUAUUGUAACUCGUGACAGUCCCAACACUCUUAGAGCACAUGCUAUGGAGGUUGGUUCUGGUUGUGAUGUUUGUGAGAGUUUAGCAAGCUUUGCAAGAAGGAAGCAAAGGGGAAUCUGCAUACUUAGCGGAAAUGGGUGUGUGACCAAUGUUACUCUUCGACAACCAGCUUCAUCUGGGGCAAUUGUGACCCUUCAUGGCCGUUUUGAAAUCCUUUCUUUACUUGGAUCGGUCUUACCUCCUCCUGCUCCACCAGGAAUCACCGGGCUAACCAUUUAUUUGGCUGGUGCUCAAGGACAGGUUGUGGGUGGAGGUGUGGUGGGUGCACCCAUUGCUUCUGGUCCUGUUGUCAUCAUGGCUGCUUCAUUCAUGAAUGCUACCUUUGAUCGUCUUCCUCUAGAUGAUGAUGAAGUUGCUGCAACUUUGCAGAACCAGCAUUACCAGAAUGGUCGUCACCAUCACCUGGAUAUCCCAGAACUCUAUGGCAUGCCACAGAACUUGAUCACUAAUGGAAAUAUGCCUCCUGAGAUAUACUCUUGGGCACCGCCCCGAACUAUGUCAAAAACUUAGUUUGGUGAUUGCCAAUCUGUCCUAUUUCGUCUUACUU